GGCCACCACCAUGGCGCUGGCCAGGGGCGUCCUCCUGGUGACUGCUGUGGCAGCGUUCGCCUGCAGUCCGUGCUCCUCCAGUGGCGGGUCCCGUACCGAGUCGGUCUCCGUCUCCAGCCAGUCCGGCAGCUCGGCACGUGAGUGGUCCCUCAGUGAGGGAUCGGUCAGCUCCAGCCGCCAGGAGGUGCUCAGCCGGCAGCAGAGGUCAGCCGGGACCUACGACCUGGAGGCAGCGGCCACCGGCUACAACGACAAGUACCACGACAAGUACGGCGGCAAGUACUACUACGACAACGGCCACGGGGCCAGCCACUACGGCAAAAAAGGCUACAAGGGUGGCAAGUACUACGACUCCGGCCACGGCCACCACGGCAAUAAGUACGGCGCUCACGGCAGCGGCAACAAGAAGGGUUACUACGGCGAUCACGGCAACAGCCACCACGGCUACAAGGGCGGUAGCAAGUACUACGGAGAUAAACACGACAAGUACCACGGCAACAAGGGCCACAAGUACGGCAACAAGGGCUACUACGACAAGGGACACAAAAACAACGGCUACAAAAACAUUUAUCAUAAGGAAGAAUACCACGCCAAAAAGAAGUUCUACGAUAACUAUCACGACGACGGCUACCACAACAAGUACAGCGACCAUCACGGAUAUUACGGAGGCAGCGACGGCAAGAAGUACCACGGCGGACACUACAAGAAGGGUCACUACGACCAGAAGAAGGGCCACGACGGCUACUACAAGAACGGCCACGACUACGACAAGUACGGCGGCAGCAAGGGCAAGUACGGCCAUGACCACCACAACGCGUACAAGGGCAACCACGGCAAGUACCACAGCGACAAGUACAAGAAGGGCGACCACCACGGCAGCAAAUAUGGUGGCGGGUAUGGAGGCGGGUACGGUGGGGGACACGGGGGCGGGUAUGGUGGGGGACAUGGUGGUUACGGUGGGGGACAUGGGGGUGGGUACCACUGA